AUGUCUUUGAUCAACUCUUCUCCUCUCCUUGCCAAAGGUGCUCAAAUGACAAAGAAGCAUCUUGCGCCCAAGUCGCAAGCCAAUUUAGAAUCAGGAUUACGCGUUUAUCAGAGAAUUUUAGCUAAAACUGAUUUUAAUAAGCCAAUUUUCCCUAUUACACUUGAAUCUGCUGAAAUAUUCUUACUUGCAUAUGUAAAAGAAAACCUAACUGCCACAAUUUCUACGUUGCAAAACCAUAUUUCUGCAUUAAGACAGAAAAUAAAAGAAGAUUCUUCAUUUGAUUACACAGAAACUUAUCAAUUCAAAUCGUUCGGAAUACAAAAGAUUUUCUUUUAG